UAAACGGUUAGAAAAAAUUUAGUUAAAAACGUCGAAUUGUCUGGAAGAUUUAAGUUCGAAAUUAAAGAUACUUUCGGUGCUGAAAGAGAGUAUUUAAAAUAGUUACAACUUUAUAACUGAUUUGGUGAAAUGAUUAUGAAAUUAGUUUGGGUGUAAUGUGAUCGGAAAAUAAGUUAAAUCAACUGCUUUACUAUUUUUGUGAAUCUUUUUGUGAAAUUACAUUUGAAAGAUGAAACUAAAAAUAGUGAUCAUGCCAGGUGAUCUUGGAUGUGGAAAUCAAUCUAAAAUAGUGUUCAUAGUUUUUUUGGCAUUUGGAUUCCUUGGAAUAACCGCUUCACAAAAAUGUGCCAGUCCAAACAUAACGAGUUCUCAAUUCGAAUAUGGCUACACUUUCAACAAGGAUUUAAGCUUAACCUUCUAUGGGGUGAUUGAAUCGUUUCAAAUGACGGGCACUGAAAGGAUUCUAACGACUUCAAAUAAUAAUUGGGCAGAGAACUACAUUGACGCACGAUAUGCGAGAGGUCUUCUGGAGGUUUACACAACUGCAAGUUUUAGGAGAUAUGUUGAGGAGCAAAGUAGCUCAAGGAUCAACUUACAAGUCACGCUAGUAUGCGAGGAUCAGUCGCGUCCAAUUUUGGUAUUCCGGAUAAACAUCAAAAAAGAAAACUUAUACGACCCACAAUUUUCGAAACCAUUCUACAACUUUUCCAUACCAUUGCCAUUGUACCGGGGUUUCGAUCUAACCGUGUUAGAGGAAGUAUCUGCUCGGGAUAUCGACAUUUUUGACAAUAAAGUAACAUUUUCAACAAAUUUCGCGGGAAUUGUCGCAGUCAGCACUAAACCAGAAACUGGAAGUGAUGGUAAAACAUUUUACUCGAUGUUGACGUUGACAGCCCCUUUGAUAAAGCUGGUUCAACCUGUUGAGUUUACCUUGACCGCUACGGAUAACGGCCAGCCUCCUAGAAGUUCGACAGCCCUCAUCCGGAUAACUCCUGAUAAAAACAUAACAUUCACUCCUCCACCUCGUUUUGAGAAAAACGUUUAUUUAGGGAGCCUGAACGAAACGCUUUAUCUGAACUUGGAACUUUUAGUAUUAACCUUGGAUACUUGGACUUCUGACGUGAAUUUUGCUAUGAGCGGAGAAGAUGCGUACUUUUUUGACUUAGCAUCUUCGAACAAUCGUGUUCGAAUCAGUUUGGCUCGGCCUUUGGUGGACGAAGAUAUUGAAGAAAGGACAUUCUUUAGUUUUGCAGUAGUUGCAUAUAGAAAUGAUACUAUGGAUGGAUCGUGCUCGGUUAUUGUGAAGAUACCACAGAAGUCGUCAGAGCAUCGUUUCAACAAGCAUUACUAUAGCGGGAGCCUAGACAAAUUCGGCAAUCUAUCAAUAGAAAAUAUAGCAUAUGAUUUCGAGGACUAUUCUCCUGAGAUUGUUUUCACCCUAUCAGGCCCUGAUGCGAAUCUUUUCAGAGUCUCAAACAACGAAUCUCUUAUUCGAAUUGAUUUUUUCAGUGAUAUCAACGACAUUAACUUUCAAGAUCGUCGAUAUCUUUUUGUUAUUCUCUCAGCAAACCGCGAGGGUAUCGAAAUAGCUAAUGCAGGAGUUGCAGUACUCCUCCCAAUGAUUCCCAAAUUCAGUCAGACUGUAUACUACGGAAGAAUUGACAAGGACAGUAGUUUGAUCUUCGAAGGUAUUCACUUUGAUGGUAAUGUGGGGUCGAAUGUGAAAUCGGUCCUGAUUCGAGGUGAUUAUGCCGAAAAUUUUAUAAUAAGAGGAUCCAGGACUGAACUACGUUUGGAGCUUACUAUACCCUUCAAUGAAACAGAACUUCGUGCAUUGUCUUAUAUUCAGUUGACAGUUGUUGCAAUAUCGAGAGCCGAUCUUGAGGGAAGUGCCGAGGUUCUAAUUGAAUUUCCUGAUUUCUCAGCCAUGCCUGUAUUUGAGCGUUCCGUUUAUAAAGGGUAUGUCGACAAGAAUGGAACUCUGUUCCUGGAGGAUAUUAUUUUGAUGAAUACAACAUACACUGAAGGAAUGGAGUUCGAACUACUUGGAGAAUUCAAACAAAAUUUCGACUUGCACAUAAUUGAGAACAUAAUCAAACUAAAAGUUAUUCAACGACUACCUUCAUCCGUUCUACAAAGUGAAAAGUAUCUAAAUUUCAUAAUAACGGCACGCAACAUUGAUGGUGACUCAGCAUCCACAUCGAUCAUUCUCAAUGUCCCAGUUUUCACGCCUCCUGAAUUUGUCAAAAAUUUCUACAAAGGCACACUUGAUCGGUACUAUCAAUUAGACAUCGAGGAUAUCCGCAUUAAAACAGAUACUUAUCAAGAUGGAAUCGAGGUUAUCUUAGGUGGAAAAGACGCAAAAUUCUUUAGACUGAGAUCGAGUACCGUUAACAUUAUGUUGGAGAUAAACGACGAAAACCUUAAUCCAGAUGAACUUAGUGGGAGAACAUCACUGGAUUUGACGAUAGUUGCGGAGAACAAAGAUGGUUUGUCCGGAAGAACGGCUGUUGUGGUUGAAAUUCCAGUUACAUGUGGUGCUGGUAAUGGUACCUGUCCGCCUUGCGUUAUUCCUCCGAAUGACAUGUGUCCGCAAACGACCACUCCUGAGCCGUCCGAUCCACCCACGUUUGACAGAAAACUAUAUUUAUACCGCAUUGAACCUAACUAUGUCGGAAUUAUAGGAAUUAUUUCAGCCAAAAUCCGGGAGCCAACUACCUCAGUGAACUAUUCUUUAGAUAUUACUAACGGCAAGUCUUCCAAAAUAGUUUAGGCUGCAAUCGAUUCAGAAUUUUCACUUUUCCAGCUCAUCUUAAG